AAGAAGUCAAAGAAGACUAUCUAAAUAGCAAUUCUCAACUAUGUGCUACACUUGACAAGUUUUCAAUGUACCCAAUAAUUCAUGUUAAAAGUGGUGUAUCUAUAAGAGUUCAACCAGAAUCUAUUAAAAGGUACAAACCUGAAAAAAAAAGAAAGCAGACAAAAAAAAACUAUAACUUAAGUGAAAGCGUAUCAGAUAACCAUCUGAAUUGA